AUGCAACCCGCCAUGGACAAUCCCAUGGUGGCGGAGAUGACAGACAAGAUCUUCAGAACGACAUUCCCUGUACAGAGCGGCCUCCUUCAAGGGUACUUCUAUCCCCGUCAUGGUGGCGCAUAUCAUGUGUGCGACCGGCUUGAACAGGUCCUUAUGUGGCACGGGACAAGACGCUUGUGGGUCCUCAGCAACAUGGCAACGCCGAAGCUUCACAUUGCUACUUCAACGGACCUGAAGACAUGGCAAAUCGGGACCACGACUGACGUGACGGCUCCUUUACACGAGAUGCAGACGAGAGCGUAUAGUCUUGAGAACAGAGUCCGCUCCGCUUCAGGUGCUCGCAUGUUUAUGUUCAGCUUUCCACAACACCCAGGGCUGUCGGGGUGCUACGAGUACUGGAACCAGUACAAAGGCAACCCCUGCUUCAAGAGGCUUCCACAGCUCUGCUUGGUGAAGAACAGCCAUGGACUAUGGGUGAUCCGUAGCCCGUCCAGGGAUCUGUGCACUAGCAACGAUCUUGUUCGCUUCGAAAGCAUCGACGACAUCGUGGAGAUUGUGAGCUGCACAGUGGUAGAAGAACGGCCCCCCCCGCCGGAGCCUUCAGAGCCUUCCUCCUCUUCGAGACCGGCGCCGGCCCCUGCUGCUCCGGCUGCGAAAAAAAUCAAACUUGGCUAUGAUAUGGACAAUGUAAGGGCUUACUGCCGCGAUGCCGAGUUUCAUGGCCUCCUUACAAGACCUAACGAAUCGUGCGACCUGAAGGUCAUCUACGAGGUUUUUGCGAGGGAGUGCUACCGCCCAGCAAAAGAUAGGGCCGCUGGGGCGCUCUUCAGCCCCAAGCCCGCCGAUGUACUCCUUGAUCUCGGUGCUCACAUCGGCACCGCUUCGAAGUAUUACCUCGAACAGGGCCUCUCAGCCACCGACUCGUACGAGCCAACCGGCACGUACGACUUGCUGCAGCAGAACUUGGGUAAUGAUCCGCGCGUCCGCUUACACAGACAAGCAGUGGUUCACGAGACAUCUUCCUUGGAGUGCGGCGGUUGCAGGUUCCGAGCCAAUUCGGCGCACUCGGACCCACAUAGCGAUGCUGUUGCUGUCUUGGCGGGCGGGGAGACGUACUACUUCACACAGGUUGGUGACUUCCAAACCGUUGUGAUGGCUACCAGCAGCCGGCAUUUCCCCCUUGGAUCCAAAUUCAUCGGCCGCCUCCAGCAGUCCACUUCCUUGGACGAGCGGCUGGAGCAGAUGAGGGCAGCGCUGGCAUCCUUGGAGUUUCUCGGACUGCACUCGGACGGGAGCUUUGCGGUUGGACAUGUUCGUGAAAUGUGUGAGCGACAGCUUUGGCUAGGCAGAAGUGGGGUGUUCUUCGGGCCGGACCUUCUGCAGAACGACAACACCCUUCUUACCCAGACGUCGGCUUCGACCUGGCGGAACCCCGAGGGACGUCGCUUCAAAAAGCCGGCCGACAUGUCCUUCACCAACUGGCUCCAGGAACUCAAUGCACAGCCGUGCCUAUCCUUUGCUGAUUUCGAAGGGUCGCAGGUUGGUUCUUGGAAAAGCAGCGCUAGCACUUGCCACACGCUUCGUCUCAAGCCUCGUUCGGUUCGACUUGUGCCAGCCGUCGCUUUGAGCGAUGUGCUCAAACCCGAACACACGAUCAUCAAGAUGGACAUCGAGGGCUCCGAGCUUCAGCUUCUCUUCAGGCCACGGGACUGGCAGAACACCAGACUGCUUAUCUGCGAAUUUUCCGCUGGCAGAAGCCGCCACUUCGGCGUAGGCCCCUUGGCUUUCGCUCGAGUUCUAGAUGCAUUGCGGGCUGGCGGCUUCACGCACUUGCACGUGGAAGCGGAGUCGAACUUGCUGAACCCCCGCUUCUGGUCCCGGGAGGACAACCUGGCCGCGAACUUAGACUUCAUGAUCUGGGUCUACAGACGGCGGCCGACGCCAGGCGACCACCUCGUGGACCUUCUGGCGUCUGAGGCGAUGGAGCGCCGCCUUCGCGAGCUUCCAUCCCGGCUUCGCGCACUGCCGGGGUUCCCGCAAGCCGCGAAAUCGCGGAAGAAGCGCGGCGGAGCAAACUGA